AUGCGAAAUCUCACAACGCAGGAAACCCCCAUUGCCAGGAAGGCCCACGGAACCCGCGUCUUGUCUGUUCCCAACUUGCCUGCCACUGCCCCCCAUCGCAUCACAUCACCCCUCCGCAUGAAGAGUUGCUCAAGACCAUCCUGA